AGGUCGUUAUCAUCCCCAACGUCCAUAGAUUAUUACCCUCGGCCGAACCGUUAUUGAGGAACUACUUCAAUCCUCGGUCUACUCGCUCGAUACCCACCCUAGGAACCCACGCUCGAAUCCGAUACUACUACGAUGGUCGUCCCAACCUCGACCUACUCGCUCUCGCACGCGGUAUCGACCUUUGAUCCGGCCUUUCGUCAGCUCGACCUCGGACGUGAGACUACCACUAGCACCAGCACCAGCACCAGUGCUAGUAUCAGUACCGGGUCUUCUAUCGACCAAGGGAAGAGAUCUGAUUAUGAUCAUGAUAUCGAUAUUCUCAUCUACGGAGCGACUUCUUUCACGGGGAAAUUGGUCGUCAAAUAUUUACUUCAACAUCCGCAGUACGCCUCUGGAACGGGGGAGUUUAGGUUUGCUCUAGGUGGGAGGACGAAGAGCAAGUUAGACUCCCUAGCUGAGCAGAUCGAAUUAGAAGCGGAGGAACAUCAGAAGCCGGAGGUGGUCUGUUUCCCUCUGUGUUUCCCUGCGUCCUCGUCUGAAGGGAGCGAGGGAGAAGAGAUAGAAGAGAUAGAAGAAGGAGUAAGAAAGGCAGUAGGGGGGUGUAAGGUGGUAGUCAACCUUGCGGGGCCGUUCUCGACCCAGAACGCCGAGGUGCUUAUUAGGCAAUGUGCGCAACAAGGGAAGCAUUAUGUGGACCUUACCGGAGAGACUCCUUGGGUCAAGGAGAUGAUCGAAAAGUACGAUUUCUUGGCCUGUUCGACCGGGUCGUGCAUCGUCCCUUGUUGCGGUUUCGAUUCCAUCCCAAGUGAUCUUACCGCCUACCUCUCGGCGCAAUACCUCGCUCGCCACGCGCACGGAAGUCAAGAAUCAGCCCAGGCAGAUUCGGUUCAACGUGAUGCCAAGCUCGUCAGUUCGGAGACGUUUCAUUGGAUCCGAGGAGGUGUUUCUGGGGGUACGGUCGGGUCGGCGUUUGUCGUCGCCGAGAUGGAAAAGAGGAGGUUGCAGAGGGGGAUGGGCGAGUUUGCGCUGACUUUUAGAGAAUCGGGCCGACCGUCCAAGGGGUUCCGACCGGCUUACUACAACGCCCUCAGCGGACUCCGGGGCAUGUUCUUCGUCAUGGCUCCUGUCAACUCGGCCAUCGUCCGUCGAUCGUGGUCGAUCUUGCAACGAGCGCCUCUCAUCCUCUCCGCCGCCCCUAGUUCCAGCGCUGCCUCCAGCUCGAAAUCGUCUUGGGCGUCCUCUGCGCCGGUGCCGGCUCGAUACGGUAAAGACUUUACGUACGACGAAUCCAUGUGUCUCGGACCUCGAGGCAAGGGGAUGUCGGCGCUCUCGAGCUGCUUCUUUGGGUUGUUGUUGACGGCGUUCGGAGCGGCAUUUGCGAGUAGCUCGUUGGUCAGGUCGUUGGUCAAGCUCGUCGCACCCGUUUCGGGUAGUGGACCUAGCGAAGAACAACAGAAGAAGGGAUAUUUCGAGGCUGUGAACGUUGCUCAGAGCGAGAAGGAUGCGGUGGUCACGACCAUGUUUGGGAGGUACGAUCCGGGAUACAGCGGGACCGCACGGAUGCUAGCGGAAUCCGCACUCAGCCUGUCCAUUGCGCACGACCAGAUCUCGAGCAUCGGCAAGCUCGGUGGAGUGCUCACUCCGUCCACGGCGAUGGGCGACAUUCUGGCGGAAAGGUUGAGGCGGUACGGAGGCUUUGAGAUCUCGACCUCGACUUUUGAGGACUGGAAACGGGCUAGGGAGGCGGACAAGAAGAACGUCUAGGCCGGCGUGACAGAUAGCAAAAAAAGAGAAAAGAACGAUCGUGAAUGGUACCAGUGCGGAUGUUGCAGUCACAACAUCCAAAAUUUGACAAUAUAACCGAGUGUUCCCGCAUGUAGCAUAAUAAAACGGGUGUGUGCGUCUGCGAUUCGAUCGUGCCCAGUCUCGACGAUCCUACCUGAUCGCGCCAUUGUACACAUGUAUACGCUAAUAGCUACUGCCGUAUGAUUGUCAUGACCCCUGCCAUGCAGAGCGACUCGACGUGGCUCCGGUGCUUUGCGUUCCCCAACAUAUGCUUCAGAUAUUCAUCGUCCGUCUGCUCAUUCCAAACUAGACGUCCGUCCCAUUGUUGGGUAUGAUCUGGCCAUCCUCAAC